UUAUUUUGACCAAACGGAAGUGCCAAUGUUUUGAUGGGCGCUACGGAAGGAGCUCCGUCCAGCGGUCCAAUGCAAUCUUACCAAUAGUCGUACGCUUUCUAUCUAUGUUGUUAUUAAAUAACCACUUAACGUUAACAUCAGCCGAUAGCCAUAAUGAAAUUCAUAUCCCAGUACCUUACCGGUGUUAGGCUUUCGAAGGCGGCCCUGUUCGUGCCUUGUCUCCUGCCCGUCCUGCUAGUUGGGGGCCAGGGCACUGCGAUGGACAACACUGCUACUGAGAGGAUGGCUGAGGAGAGCCACCGACAGGACAGUGCCAACCUCCUGAUAUUCAUCAUGCUCCUCACACUCACUAUUCUCACCAUCUGGCUAUUCAAACACCGCCGGUUUAGGUUUAUCCACGAAACAGGACUUGCAAUGAUUUAUGGUCUGUUGGUGGGUGUGAUCCUUCGGUUUGGGGUCCAUGUGCCCCAGAACAUGAACAACGUGAUCCCGAGCUGUGCUGUCAACGCCAGUACCGCCACUCUGCUGGUCAACGUCAACGGGAGAUUCUUUGAGUAUAUUCUGAAAGGAGAGGUCAGCCGUGGAAACGGCCAUCAAGUACAAGAUGACGAGAUGUUGAGGAAGGUGACCUUUGACCCAGAAGUGUUUUUCAACAUUUUGCUACCUCCAAUCAUCUUCCAUGCUGGUUACAGUUUGAAAAGGAGACACUUCUUCAGGAACAUUGGCUCCAUCCUGACCUACGCCUUUGUGGGAACCGUCAUAUCCUGCCUAGUUAUAGGGUCGAUCAUGUAUGGUGUUGUGACUUUCAUGAAGGCUGUGGGACAGCUAGGAGGAGAUUUCUUCUUCACUGACUGUCUCCUUUUUGGGGCCAUCGUCUCGGCAACCGACCCAGUGACGGUGCUGGCUAUCUUCAACGAGCUGAAGGUGGACGUGGACUUGUACGCUCUACUGUUUGGAGAGAGCGUCCUCAACGAUGCUGUGGCCAUCGUCCUCUCCUCCUCCAUCGCGGCCUACCAGCCCGCCGGGGACAACAGCCACAGCUUCGAGGCGCUGGCCAUGCUGAAGUCCUUCGGUGUGUUCCUGGCCGUGUUCAGCGGCUCCUUCCUGCUUGGGGUGGCCACCGGCGUCAUGACCGCCUUCAUAUCCAAAUUUACCAAACUGAGGGACUUCCCGCUGUUGGAGACAGCUCUAUUUUUCCUCAUGUCCUGGAGUACCUUUCUAUUGGCUGAAGCCUGCGGGUUCACUGGUGUGGUGGCCGUUCUGUUCUGUGGAAUAACUCAGGCUCAUUAUACCUACAAUAACCUCUCACCCGAGUCCCAGGAGAGAACCAAGCAGCUCUUUGAGUUGCUGAACUUCUUGGCGGAGAACUUCAUCUUCUCCUACAUGGGCCUGACGCUGUUCUCCUUCCAGUCCCACGUCUUCAACCCCCUCUUCAUCAUCGGAGCCUUCGUGGCCGUGUUCCUGGGCAGGGCAGCCAACAUCUACCCUCUGUCCUUCCUCAUCAACCUGGGUCGCAAGCACAAGAUCCGCUCCAACUUCCAGCACGUCAUGAUGUUUGCCGGUCUGCGCGGGGCCAUGACCUUUGCCCUCUCCAUCCGGGACACGGCGACCUACGCGCGCCAGAUGAUGUUCUCCACCACGCUGCUCAUCGUCUUCUUCACCGUGUGGAUCUGUGGGGGCGGGACCACCCCCAUGCUGUCCUUCAUGAGCAUACCGGUGGGUGUGGACUCGGACCAGGACAGCUCUGUGGUGCUGGCCGAUGGCUCUCAGCGUAGAAGCACAAAGCACGAGAGCGCCUGGCCCUUCAGAAUGUGGUACAACUUUGACCACAACUACGUGAAGCCCCUGCUGACCCACAGCGGACCCCCGCUGACAGCCACCAUGCCCGCCUGCUGCGGCCCGCUGGCCCGCUGCCUCACCAGCCCCCAGGCCUACGAGAACGAGGGUCGUCUCCACGACGACGACAUCGACCUCAUCCUGAACGACGCCAACGCCAGCUCCAUGUACGCCGACGUCACCGUCAGGACGGACGCCUUCGGGGUCCACGGCGCCACCGACGGCAGCGGCGCCCGGGCGGCCCCCGGGGGGCCCGAGGACCCGGACCGGGAGCUGGCCCUGGGGGAAAGCGAGCUGGUGAUCCGGGGCACCCGGCUGGUCCUGCCCCUAGAGGACCCGGUGGACCCGGGCCAGGCCACCUCCCCCUCACGCAGACACCGGUUCUGACCGGUUCUGACCGGCUCCACCGCUCCUUAAGGAACCGCUGGGGGGGGGGGGGGGGGGUGUUUACUUUGGGUAGGAUUAGUUCUUAUUCCCGUGGCAACGAGCCCUACGAGCACUUAGCAUGUCACACGGUUCAGUGGGGCUGAGAUGUAACGUUAAAAUAACCUCCGGAGUCAAAGAAUCUACCACAUAACCUACGUCAGGGAUUUAUCCCCCAGGGUCGGUAGUAUAUACUAAAUAUUGCAACAAAGGCAUGAAUAUCAUCCAAUACAAGGUAUUACUUUAUUCUCAUGUGCAUCUUGAGUGUUUACGCUUCCUCAAAUCAACAUGAAUGCUGAUCUUUUGUUUUGGUAGGGGGGCUCGGUUGGUCGAUUUGUCUCUUUUCCGCUCAAACUCGUGGGCAUUGCUGUCAAUGUGAGGCUCAAUGGGUCAACGUGGUGUUUACCUCCUGAUAAACAGCUUGGAGGUCAACAACAUGACAGCACUGAGCACGUUGUAUUCACUAAACAAAGGGACUCGAUCACAUUCCAAGGAGGACUUUGAAGUUCAAUCUCUCACGCUAUUGGCUGUAGUAAUAUUCUCCUGUUUUUAGCCAAUGGGCGGCUGAGAACGGGGUUUGGGAUGCAUAUUGAUUGUGAUUUUGGUAAGGACAUAAUAAGGGAAGAUGAUAUUUAGAAGAAGUCAACUAAUGAGUAAAUUUUACUUCAUAAUUAAUGAUGCAACGGUACAAUUUGAACUCCUACCAUCUACUACGUUUGACUUUCACUCCUAAUCUUCUGAUUUAUUUAUUUAUUUCUUGAAGCAAAUGAAAGCAAAUCGAUAUUUAUUAUUUAUUUAUUUAAGGAUGUAUUAUUUGUAGUUCGUUUUUGUUUGUGUGUUUGUGUGUAUUAUUUUGCUGUGACACUUUCUAAUGAUCAUUUGUAAUAUAAUCACACAAAUAUCCAUACUGUAAACAGUUUCAAAGCCUUCUCUGUUUUACUUGAAAGAGAACAAACUAAAGGAUGAGAGGGAAUCACGCCUUCCACAACGGCUCUGAUUCAAGGUAAACGUCUGCAGAGGUGUGUGGCUCCUGUAGCAGUACUGAAUACGCUUUUCGCUCAUGCUAUCUCCUCUUACUUACAGAAAUUAAUGAGUGCAUUCUUGUCUAAAGCAAUUACAAGAAACGAGUUUGAUUUGUUUGGAUAAAUGUCUUGUUUAUUUUCUAUGAUUUUUCCUGUGGUAUCGUUUAUUAUUUUCCCUGACUAAGCAACUGCCACAUCUUUGCAAAGUGUGACUUCAACACACAUCAUCUUGGAAGACGACUUUGAGGGCUGAUCGGACUGUUUAGAUUCAAAGUGCCUCUUUAGUGAAUGAGACUAUUUAGACGUGUACAUAUUUGGUUGGCUCGUGUGUAGUAAGCUGUCCCUUUAUAACAAAGAUUCACGUGUUCCUCCAUAGAUGUUCAAUGAUUCAGCUCAUUUCUUAAAGGUGUUCCCUUCAACAUGCCUCAUAAAAUAUGUUCUACUGUCCAAGGAUCCUGUUUAAUAUCCCUCAGGUUAUUAGCAUUUUAAUUCAGUGGCUUCCAAAUAUGGUCCUAUUUUUAUUUAUUUAUUUUUGUUUCAAAUAAGCUAUUGAAUGUGAAUAUCAAUUUAUUGUAUUGAAAAGGUUGAACGAUUUUGCGUAAAAUCUUUUCUUGUAGGCCUACCUACUCAAUUGGAAAGGAGGAAUAUUUGAUAUCAGAUAUCGGUUGUUCCUAUAUCAUGGCCACAAAAAGUGACCAGAAGGGGAAUUGAACGGCACUCAGCCUGUAGGCCGAUCCUGUAGGCCUUCUUUGGCCUCUCCAUUAUUUACGUGUCCCUUCACCUCAGCUUUGUGUUAUAUGGUCAGUGAACCCUCGACCUUCGUUCCUCAGAGGUCUGUUGGACGCAUGCAGGGAGAAAUUUUCAUAUGGAUGAGAAAGUAAGUGGAUUUUUUUUCACUUGAAAGAGGUUAUUACUGAAAUCUCUGACCGCGACCAUCAUCACAUAAACACUGUCGUUAAAUUAAAAAAGUAUGCAUAUUGUUGUGAAUGCAUUUGACUGUUUGGAACUUUGGUGUCAACAUCUGCAACAUCUGAAUAUCUUUCAUAACUGUCCUGAGUUAGCCAUGCAAAUUAAAAUAAAUCCAUC